GGAACACAUUGGCUCCAAGGCACUUCCUCUGGUUUAGGAAGGCAAGGCCCUGGAUAAGAAUGACAAGACGAUCAUUCCAAAAGGACAAAUCCUGAUGAUCCUCUCUGAGGCCUCCAGUAGAUGAACACAUCACUCAAAACCAUAGCAGUUUCAAGUUUAAUUCAACAAAUGUUCAUUGGGAAACUUUUCUGGGCCAAGCACCUUGUAGAGUCAUAAGGGAUGGAAAGAUGAGUGACGCAGAGCCCUUACCUCAAAGAGAGUAUAGAGUCAUUACCAGAAGUUGAAUACAAAUACAGAAUAACUGUAAUUCAAGGCAGCCAACUCAAACCAUUACUGAUGUGAGGAAAAGAAUAAAUCAGCAAAUAAGCAAACACAGCAGAUAAAAGAGCAGUGUCUUCAGAAAACUGAAAUUAGUGUCAGCCAGAAGCAUCGAAAAAGUGUAUUCUUAUGAGCCUAUUGGCAGCCACUAAUGAAAAGGAAGUCCCAAAUCAGAAAAUGCAGACACCAAAAUGGCAGUCAUGGAUAGUAACAAUGACCCGGAUGAAGACCAUCUUACAAGCUAUGAUAUUCAGCUCAGUAUUCAAGAAUCCAUUGAAGCCAGCAAGUCUGUAUUUUAUUCUGAAAGAUUUGUACCACUAAGUGAUCAAAACAGAAAACUCGUGGAAGCCAUCAAACAAGGUCACAUUCUUGAGCUCCAGGAAUAUGUGAAGUAUAAAUAUGCAUUGGAUGAAGCUGAUGAAAAAGGAUGGUUUCCAUUGCAUGAAGCUGUGAUUCAACCCAUUCAACAAAUACUCGAAGUUGUCCUGGAUGCAUCCUACCAGACACUCUGGGAGUUCAAGACCUCUACUGGAGAAACACCCCUGACUUUGGCAGUCAACGCUGGUCUGGUGGAAAAUGUAAGAACUUUAUUAGAAAAAGGAGUGUGGCCAAACACCAAAAAUGACAAAGGAGAGACACCACUUCUGAUUGCUGUAAAAAAGGGCUCCUACGACAUGGUGUUCACUCUGCUUAAACACAAGGCCAGCCUUGACCAGCCCUGCAUCAAGCGAUGGUCGGCAAUGCAUGAAGCAGCCAAACAAGGCCGCAAAGAUAUCAUAGCGCUGCUACUAAACCACGGAGGCAAUGUCCAUCUGAGGGACGGAUUUGGAGUCACACCGUUAGGUGUUGCUGCAGAGUAUGGUCACUGUGAUGUGUUAGAACAUCUAAUCCACAGAGGUGGUGAUGUGUUUGCUUUGGCGGACGAUGGGGCGUCAGUGUUGUUCGAGGCCGCAGGAGGGGGCAAUCCUGACUGCAUUUCUCUCCUGCUGGAAUACGGCGGGAGUGGAAACGUACCUAACAGAGCAGGGCAUCUUCCCAUACACCGAGCUGCUUACGAGGGACAUUAUCUUGCGCUGAAGUAUCUUAUCCCAGUAACAUCCAAACAUGCAAUCCAGAAAAGUGGGCUAACACCAAUUCACUCAGCAGCAGACGGACAAAACGUACAGUGCCUAGAGCUGCUUAUUGAAAAUGGCUUUGAUGUCAAUACCCUGCUUGCUGACCACAUUUCCGAGAGCUAUGAUGACGAGCGGAAGACCGCGCUCUAUUUUGCCGUUUCUAACAAUGAUAUCCAGUGCACAGAAGUCCUUCUGGUGGCAGGUGCAGACCCAAACCUAGAUCCCCUCAACUGCCUGCUCGUGGCAGUGAGGGCCAGUAACCAUGAAAUUGUCCGGCUGCUUCUCUCCCAUGGAGCUAACGUCAAUUGUUAUUUCAUGCAUGUGAAUGACACACGUUUCCCCAGUGCCAUUCAAUAUGCCCUGAAUGACGAGGUAAUGCUGAGGCUGUUGCUGAAUAAUGGCUACCAAGUGGAGAUGUGCUUUGACUGCAUGCAUGGGAACAUCUUCGGAAAUUCAUUUGUGUGGUCAGAGAUAGAAGAAGAGGUACUACCGGGGUGGACAUCUUGUGUAAUAAGAGACAACCCGUUCUGUGAGUUUAUUACAGUUCCUUGGAUGAAACACUUGGUAGGCAGCGUUGUUCGUGUAUUAAUUGAUUACAUGGAUUAUAUCCCUCUGUGUACUAAACUGAAGUCUGCACUCGAAGUACAGAGAGAAUGGCCAGAAAUUCGUCAAAUACUAGAGAAUCCUUGCUCCUUAAAGCAUUUGUGUCGGUUAAAAAUUCGAAGACUUAUGGGACUCCGGCGACUCUGCCACCCAUCCUCUCUGGAAAAGCUCCCUCUACCACCAACCAUGCGAAGAUAUGUAUUAUUUAAAGAGUACGAUCUCUAUGGACAAGAGCUAAAGCUGCCAUAAUUUUAAAAAUAAUAAUUUUAAAUGUGAUUUUAAAAAUAGUUUAAAAUGGGAUUCCUUCCGAAUUUCUUGGAAUCAUUUUACAUUCUUAAGUGUAUUUAAAUCCAUUAGCAAUGAUCAUGUGUUCUUAUGGGGACACAGUACUUUACAUCUUUAGAAGCCUUUACAUUGUGAUGCUUUAGAGCUAGUCAAGAUUUUGUAUGUGAAUUUCUAUUAAUUAUCUUCACUUCCAACAAGUCUUCAGAUUCUCUCUAUCAAGUGUCUCCUACAGCAUCCAUCUCUCCUGUGUUUAUAAGACAAACAAAGAACCACUUUCUCAAACCCACAUCUCCAGCCAGUUGCUGGCCCUUUCCUUUCUUUCACAUCCACACUGCAUAAAAGAGCUCCUUCCUGCCUGCAGAUGCGCACUCUAUAAUCUGGCUUGGGCUCCCUCACGGCCUUUCUCAAGGUCUUUAACAACUGUCUUGUUGCUAAUUUCAAUGAGCAUUCUUCAGUCCUUUCAACUGAUUCCUGCGGCAUCUGGCACUGCCGUCUGCUCUCUCCUUGAAACGGUUUUCUCUUAGCUUUCAAGACACCUUGCUCUCUUGGCUCUCCUCCCCGCUCCCUGCUCCCUGGCCGACCACUUUGCCUCUGGCUUCUUUCUGUAUUGUUUAUCUGCUGACAACCCGUUAGUAUGUCCUAAGCCCUGUUUCGGUCUUAUGCUGUGUUCUCUGCGAGGAAUGUCAUCCAUGCCUAUGGUUUUAACUAACUAUAUGCUACUGACUUAGAGAAUUCAGCUCUUUCUCUCAUGCUCUGUAAACAGGUAUUCUAAUGGACUUUUCAAGACAGAGGCACCUCAGAUUCAACAUGUCCCCACAUGAGCUCACUCCCCUCCUCCACAAAAGGGCUCUUUUUUUUACAUCCUCUAGCUCAAUAGUUAAGCUCAAUUAUCAUCAGUUCCAUUUCCUAAGGAAAAGCCUGGACAUCAACCUUGACCAUCCCAUUUUUCUUACCCAAUGUAACGAAUCACCGAUUCCUGCUAAGCUUGUCCCUUGGAGAAAUAGUCUUCUACUCAAUCUUGCUGAUUUGGCCCCAGUUCUAGCCAUUCUCGCCUUUCUCAUGGGUUAUGAGAGUGCUAACUGGACUUCCCUUCCUGCUGUCUUAUUCCAUCCAACAUACAUUCGACACACAACAUUCUGGAAUGAUCUGCUACAAAUCUAAAUAUAGUUUCACCCCGCUGCUGAAAAUCAUUCCCAUUUCUCUUAGGAUAAAGUCCAGAGGUCUUCCUGACCCUUCCUGUUCUAAAUCCCUGCCUACCUGCUUAGUCUUAUCUCUUGACUUCUCCUGUACCCUUCUCCUUUAACCAUAUUAAACACCUUUUAAAGUUUAUUCUUUGAACAGUGAUUCCCAGAUUUUUAGAUUUUACAUACCUGUAGUUUUUAUUUUGCUAAUUUAAAAAAUAGGGUCCUCCUCUACUUUUAAAAAAUCUAUCAUCUACUAUUGCUGUCAUUUUAUAAAAGGGGGCCAUUUUAAUGCCAGAAAUAUCAGUCGGUUUGACACACAAUUAUUAACAUGGAAUGACUUUAGCUUUUAAAAGAUUUAACACGCUGUCUUCAUUUCCCUGUUGACGGGUGAAAAUGUCACUGUGGCCCAACAGAUAUCUGAGGUCCUUUGUUUGGAAACCAUUGUUGUAGAAAUCGACUAUGCUCUUUUAUACCUCGGGGUCUUUGCAUUUUUUUCUCUCUGUGCCUAGAAUCUCUUUCCAUCUCCUUCCCCUCUCACCCCUUGUCCUAUAGAUCUCAACUUGCAUAAUCCUUCCUGUAGGAUGGAAGGCCACGGCACGGCACUUGUCAGGCUAUAUUACAGGUGCCUGUGUUCACAGUCUGCCACACUAGACUGGAAGCUCUAUGAGGGCAAGGUCUAUGUUUUGUUUUCCAAUGUUUUCUUAGAGCCAAACACAUUCCCUGGAGCACAGAGAAUGUUUGACCAUUGUUUGUUGCAUAUACUGAAUGAGUAGAUUUUUGUAGAAGACCCAAACAAAAAUAAGCAGUGACUUCAUCACUACCAUGGUAAAAUGAUAGUUUUGAGUCUCUGAAUUGGCUAUGUAACCUUAAUCAUGUAAUUAUCAAGAUUUGUUUCUUAGAUUUUAAUAAAACAUUUUUGUAUUUA